GGAGUGCUGGUCGUCGACCUUGACAGUAGGCGACAAUAUGAAAGCUGGCCGCGCGCCUAGGUCACGUUUUAAUAACCAUGGCAGAAAACGAUUAUCUGACGAAGAAAUAGAAUCCGAAAGUGAAGUUGAUUCUGUUGUAUCUGGAUCAGAUUCUGAUGAAUCAGUGCACGAGACUGCCCAUGAGAAGAAAGUGAGACUUACAAAAAAGGCCAUACAAAAAGCCCUAGAAACAGUUGGUUCGGAUGAUGAAAAGUACGAAGCCUUAUCUUUACGUCUCAAGGAAGAGGCACUACAAACCAAAGGAAAAUUGCUAGCAAAACUUGCUCAUCAGAUAAACGGCCUGGACAGUUCAGAUUUAAUCCUAUUAAAGGGACAUAGAAAGUCCGUUUCAUGUGUAUGCAUUUCUGAAGAUGGAAAGUCCGCCUAUUCUGGAGGAAGAGAUUCUUCAGUAAUCAAAUGGGAUCUAAGCACCUUGAAAAAAUUAUAUGUCAUGCCCGGAGGAAAGCGUGGCACAAAGUAUGCGUACCAUACUGGUCCAGUGCUCUCUAUCGCUGUUUCUAGUGAUAAUAGAUAUUUGGCCUCUUCCAGUAUGGACCACUCAGUUAUAGUAUGGGAACCAGAUCAAAUGAAGGUUUUCAUGAGACUUACACGUCACAGUGCACCUGUUACAGCUGUUAGUUUCAGACAUCAUUCGCAUAUGUUAUUCACAGCAGACUGUUCAGGUCGUGUUUGUGUUUGGAAUAUGCCUUUAAAAGAGGCUCUACAGGAUCAAGGAGCAAGAACAAAUAUCGAAGUUUUGGGACUAUGUGGCCUAGUAUCAGAACGAUGUGUGUCAUGUUCUGGAUUCGGUGGACCUGGAGUCUGUGUGUGGAAGGUUCCAGAAGAAGUCUGUGUCCAGUAUAGUACGAAAAAUACCCUAGAGAGUUCUAUGGAGUGUAUUUAUGCAGUGAACGAUGAGAUUUUCAUCGGUGGAUCUACUACAAAUACGCUUUAUAUCUGGCAUUCAAGCAGAGGUAGUCCUGUAUUCACUGUGUCACCUGCACAUCCUGUGGCUAAAUUAUGCCCUCCAACACCAUCUGAGCCUUUUAUCCGACCAGUUGCAAACUGGGUGUCAGCAGUUACUGGUUUAUAUGGAACUGAUUUGAUUGCUUCAGGUUCUUCAACUGGACAUGUACAGCUAUGGCGACUAAUUACACCACAGUUGGAACGGUCAAACGAAGGUAAAGGACAGCAACAACAACAGCUUCGUACACAGGUCAGCAUUGAACGCCUUCCCGGUAGAAGUAUCUCUCUGGGUGGUUUCAUCAAUGGCUUGGCUUUUACCUCUGAUCGUCGAUAUCUCAUCGUUUGUCUGGGUCAAGAGCAUCGUUUAGGCCAUUGGGAACCAAGACGACAUGUGACAGAUGGAUUAUAUUUGAUACCAUUGGAUAUAUCGAAACCAUUUUCGCGCGAAAUGUAAAUUAUCUAACAGGUAUUGUAUAUUUGAAACAAAAAUAUAAUAUAUCAUGAAAUUGA